AGGAAGUCAGUGGCAGGAUCUUGUGUCAGCCUUGCGGUCAGCUCUGCCCCAACCCCCAGCUCUUGCAGAACACAAAUUUGAAGUCAGUAAAUGUUUUUGUGUCGCGGAAGUGUUUCAGGAGCCAGUUAACCCAACAGCGUUUCCAACGUACUCUUUAAAAGGACCCUCGUUUAUCCUGGGGAACUGCACUUCUGAGAGAGAGUUCCUGAAGACUGCUGCCUCCGACUGCAAGCCAUGCUCCCACGAGUUCUCCAGCGUGCCAGGGACGGGCUGUGUGUCCCCGGAGUCCAUGUCCCCCCCGUCCAUCGCAGAGGACGUCUUCUUCGGCAUGACUGAGGAAAAGGAUGACUCUUCAGGUGAUACAGAUUCUGAGGACCACACUCUGGAUCUCAACAGCAGCAUCGAGGACCUUCUCUCGCUAAACCCCUCCCUUCAGGGGACAGAAUAUUUCAAAGACCUGGAGAUCCAUCUUACUGGAGGAACCAACGCCAUGCAGGAAAUGACCACGUCUGUGAACAGCUGCCCGUGCAACAAGCCACAGAAGAACAAUGGACGCUAUUUCCAGCACGAUAACGGCAGUAACUCUUGCCCGGGCUCCUUGUCUUAUCAAGAGAGUUCCAAGGGCACCAGGGAACCCCUGCAAACCACGGACACACAGGAUUUAUGUGCCCACGCUGACAGACAAGGUGAUGGCUCUCUCGUCAAUACAGUUAAAUACCUGGGGGACUUGGACGACAAGGUGGAUAAAGACACUGAGCCUGAGACAUUCCCAAUACUUCUGAGGACUUUGUCUAGCUCACGGAGACACAGUUGGGAAUACCCUGUAUCGCCAGUGGACCCAGGGAAAAGGUUUAGCCUGGAUGCGUCUACCAUGGACAGCGAUGGGGAGCAAGGGGACGCAGACCCAUCUCAGCUGACAGAGUCCUUCACCUUACCAGAGGGAGGCCCGGCGGGACCGAUCAACACUGCAGAAGAAAAAGAUCCCCCGCAGGAGUCUCCCAACCCCAAACCAAAGGAUGGAUCGGACCUGGAAGAUGCUAGCAAAAGGCUCAGGUCAAAGUCGGUGGUGCAUUUGUCAGAAAAAGUUGGUACGGUCCGUCUCUCUCGAAGUCUCGAGGAUUGGUUUCCAGCUCCUGAAGGAACAGAACAAAAAGCCAGAGAGGAAAGUGAAACAACUCCCGAAGAGCAGAAUCGCAUGCUGAUGGUAACACAGGUGUUGCAAGAACUAAAGCAUUACCACGGAGCAAAGCAGAGGCAGAAGACAGAAGGAAAAGCAUCAUCUUCGCAAAACCUGACCUGGUAUGAAUUUCUCUCUAAUGCAAACGAAGAAGAGGACAAGACAGACAAAGUGGAGAAAGGAACCAAAGUGAAACGAAGGCUGAGCUCGCUGAGGAGCAGAGUAGCAGGAUCCUUUCAGAAAGACAAGGGUAAGAAUCGAGAAAAAGAGCAGCAAAAGGAAAAAGAAAAGGAAAGGGAGAAAGAGAAGGAAAAAGAGCCAAAAGAAAAGAUGCGAAUGAGAAACGGGCACCAGCUGGUGCCGGGCACGUUCUCCAGCUGUACCACGUGCACGCUGUGCAGCAAAACACUGCAAAGGAAGCCUGGGCUUCAGUGCAUGAACUGCGGCGUGAAUGUCCACAAGAGUUGCAAGAACCUGCUGGGUGAAUGCAGCAGCAGCAGCAGUAAACUCAAGAGAGAUUCCCUGAGAAACCCGACUCCCGGGUCUCCGCAGAGCACAGGACACAAUCACAGUCAAGCCGGCUCGUUUCUGAAGGAACAGUCACGGAGCGCCGUCUCGGGUCCUGAUGGCUCCUGUGCUUCCUCACGCAGUCUAGGCAUGACCAUCACACAACGGGGAAGCAACACUCAGCUCACAACCAGCACCCCUGCUAACCACGCCAAUACAUACGGAUCAAUCACAGGAGAGAUGGAAGAAAUAGAUGGGUUUAUAAAACUAAAGCAACAGUCAGAAGAUGCUGUCUCUCUGGCUCCGUCCACAGCGGAGUCCAUUGUAGUUGAAGAUGCACAGUAUGCAUCUCUCAGGGGGGAGCUGGAAUUAGAUGCCCAGGAUAUUGAAGCAGAAUCGUGGAGCCUGGCUGUCGACCCAGCGUACUUAAAGAAACACCCGAAGGAGGCGGUGAAGAGACAAGAUGUUAUACAUGAGUUGAUCCAGACUGAGAUGCACCACGUCCGGACGCUGAAGAUCAUGCUGAACGUCUACGUGCGAGGAAUCAGGGAGAACCUGCAAAUGGACGACAGCAAGGUGGAGAAAAUCUUCCCUUGCGUCGAGAACCUCCUGGAAAUCCACAGACGGUUCUUAUCCCGGCUGAAGGAAAGGCGGAAAGAAUCCUUGGAGGAAGGGAGCGACCACAACUACGUCAUUCACAGGAUAGGAGAUAUCCUGGUGUCAGAGUUUUCUGGAGAGAUUGGAGAGAGAAUGAAGGAAAGCUAUGGAGAUUUUUGCAGUCAUCACAGUGAAGCCGUCAACUAUUAUAAAGAACUGCUACAGAAUAACAAAAAGUUCCAGAACUUGAUUAGGAAAAUUAAUAACCUUUCUAUAGUAAGGAGACUAGGAGUGCCGGAGUGUAUCCUGUUGGUCACUCAGCGCAUCACAAAGUAUCCUGUAUUGGUGGAAAGAAUUAUACAGAACACGGAAGUUGGUUCAGAAGACCACGAGGAGCUGACCCGAGCUUUGGGCCUUAUUAAAGACGCCAUCACACAAGUAGAUGCCAAAGUCAACGACUACGAGAAUAAAACUAGGCUUAAAGACAUUGCCAGCAAAAUGGAGCCCAAAUCUUCUGGGAAAUUCAAAGACGGGCGCUUAUUCGGCAAGGAGGAGAUACUGAAGGGGAGACGACGGCUCUUGCAUGAAGGAAUGGUUUAUUGGAAAGCUGCUUCGGGGCGUCUUAAAGAUAUUCUGGCUGUGCUUCUUACUGAUGUACUUUUGUUAAUACAAGAAAAGGACCAAAAAUAUACAUUUGCUACUGUGGAUAGCAAACCGUCGGUGAUCUCCCUGCAGAAGCUAAUUGUGCGAGAAGUGGCCCACGAGGAGAAAGCGAUGUUCUUGAUAUGUGCCUCCUCAGCAGAGCCAGAGAUGUAUGAAAUUCACACCACCUCCAAAGAGGAGCGCAACACCUGGAUGAACUUGAUCCGCCAGGCGGCAGAAAGUUGUCCUGAUGUAGAGGAAGGAGUUUCAAGUGACCCGGAGGAAGAACGCAGACUGGCUGAGGCACGAGCCCUUAAAUUAAAAGAAUUCCAAGAGCGCCUGAUUUCUAAAGACAGACAGAUUGUGCAGAGCCUCAGUGAGAAGCUGCAGAUCUUCACUGAGAUCUCAGAGGUGAUGAGCGGGUUUGAAGACUCGACUCAGGGGGCCCGCUCCCGGCUGCUGGUGCGUGGAGACCCCUCUGACACGCUGCUGGGGGAGCAGCUUCUCAAGGAUGCCAUCGCUGAAGUUGAAAAUCUUCAGAACCUGCUGAUUUCCCAUGGGAGGGAUGUGAGCUGGCAACCUGAAGACGGGCUGGGGUCCUCAGGGUUACCACGGCGGGCAGAGACGUUUGGAGGAUAUGAAUCCAGUCCCACCGUUAUGAAUAAAAAUGGCAGCAUGAAGAAAAAGUCUUACACUGUGUCCUACACUGGGGAACACAAGCUGAGAGAAAGGAGAGGCCAGCUGACAAGCUGUGACCCCGAGCUGCAGGACCUGUGGGGCGAUGAAGGAGCACAACAAAUGGCUGAUGAAGUACCAGAAAAAAGUUGGCAUAAUGUGUGGAGCCCUCCCUUUCACGAAUCGGAGUUUAUUCAGAGUGUGCAGACCUUGUCACAGCUGCUUUACAGUCUUCAGGCCAUCAUUGCGCAACAAGACAGCUACAUGGAGCUCCAGCGUGCAUCGCUGCCGGACCGGGACAGGCAGAACCGGCUGCGGGGCAACGGGCUGCUGGAGCAGGAGAAGCAGCGCAACUUCGAGAAGCAGCGGGAAGAGAUGGCCAACUUCCAGAAGCUGCAGAGCCAGCUGCGUCUGGAGCAGCAGCGCUGGGAGCGCGACCGGGAGAAGCAGCGGCGGCUGGCCGAGGUGGAGGAGGAUAGGCUGAAGGGGCGCGAGGAGGAGUGCCGGCAGCUCCAGGAUCGGCUCCGGAUGGAGCACGAGGAGCUGGAGAAGCAGCGGGAGAAGUACCAGCAGGACCUGGAGCGUCUGCGGGAGUCCACGCGGACCGUGGAGAAGGAGAAGGAGCGGGUGGAGCAGCAGAAGUAUAAUCUGAGGAAGCUCAAGACCAUGUCCUUUGCACCAGACACAUCGCAGGGCCAUAACCGGAGUCAUUCCAUCAGUUUUAAUGGAGAUGGGUUCCUGAACAGCGAAGGCGCCCUUCAGCUGCCUGUGAAGCCACAGGGCCGUUCAAGUCAGUCUGUGGCAGGGGCAGAUUACAUGCAGCGGCCCGAAGUCUUACUGAGGCGAGAGAACAGCACGGCAGAGUCCCGGCCCUUGCUCCCCAUCAAGUCCGAGGUGCCCAUCCACCUGAUCAGCACCACCAACCAGCUCCACAAGCAGACUGGCGUGCAACAACGCAUCCCCACCAAGCUGGCCCUCCUCUCCUCCAAGGGUAAAGAGAAGGGCAGCAGAGGCAAGGGAUCCCACAGGACGGAAAGCGCAGCUGCAGACCUGAGGCAGUUGCUACCCCUCAGACUGUCUGGAAAGGAGGAUGGUACUUUAAAAACCAAGAGGUCUUGUAGCCCAAACCAAAACUUCCAACAAGAACCAGUAAGCCCUCCAGACAACCAUUCCGAUGCCACUCAUCUGUCCCCACACGGUGUGCAGAAACAGAACAGCCAGGGAUCGCUGCAGACCCCCUCCCCACAGCCCAGCAUCGCCGAGGAGAUGACCAAGGAGGACGUCAUCUUUUUCUAAUCUGCCCUCAGGAGAGAGAUUUAUGGACAGCUGGUUGCACAUUAGAAAGAUAGGCAUUGAAGAUAAUUUAGCUACUGGGGGGGGGAGUAAAAGGUGGUUUAUUUUAAAAAUUAAGGUACUUUUGUUUUUAAAUUGCAAGGAAUGUAUUUUAAUUUUGCCAGUAACCUGUGUUUAUAAUUAACCUAGUGUAAUUUUAAUCCUGAUCGAUAGCCCAUAGAUGUAAUUACCCCUGUGAUUCGUUACAUGAAGAGAUUCGAUUUAUUAUUUUUUUAAUGGUUUAUUUACUUGCCUUUCCAAAGACUAAGACUUCCUGAUGCAACCGAAACAGGUGGAGUUAGCGCUAGUUGGCUCUGUAGGAAGUAUUUGAAAUAUUUUUUAAAAACCACUUGACAGUGAAGCAUUAAAACACUGCUGUGAGGAGUUGUUGUUGUUAAAUACAUGUUCUGCACUGGUAAUCAUUCUCAAUAACUGGGGAGGAUCUCAAGGAAAGUACGUGCAGUAAGAAUACGUUACCCGAUAAGCGCUAUGCUUGGAGAGCCACACUUAUUCAUAUAGCAGACAACAGUCACACUGAACAUAAAAAGGGCAGCAGCACCACAUUGUGAUUUUGCUCUGAAAUUGGUAAAUCCGCUUGGGUUAGCCUACAUUCAGUCAAGCACCCAGUGGAAAGCUGUGACCCCAUUUGGAUUCGGCAACACUCUUAUUGGUCUGCAUGACAAGCCUUAGUCCAGGGACAGUUGAAAGGCGUACAGGUUUAGUGGAUCGGUCAUGCUGCUUUUAAACUUUAAGUGCUUAAUCAGCCUCACAAUGCCUGACUACUACUAGAUAUUAUCAACGACUUGCUGUGACCAGCUUCAUUUCCCAACCUGUCCUCAAGCAAGCACUUGUGGGACCAGCUUGGGAGACCAAGUCUAAACAGACACUCCACUGGCACUCCCAGGGUGCAGUAUAUUCUUAUUCUGGGUGUCUCACUUUGGGGGUCAGAGGUUAAAGCAAUAGUAACAUGUAUCAUUCUAUCACUUACAGACUUUCAAUAAGUACAUGGCAUACAGAAGAUAACAAAAAGUACUAUACCGUGAAUUGUAGGUAUCUUUUUAAGAAUAAGUCAUUCCCAAGGCAUGGGUUACCAUGAGAUAAACUGAGGUAACUGGGUUCUUAUUUUGAGUUUGACAAGUGUGUGUAAAGGGUGGGGGGGGGGUUAUUUUCAGGACUGCAUUCGUGAAAAUGGAGAUCUGGAAACGGGAGGGGCUUGGUUUGAAAAUUUAAGAGGUGCUGACCUGUAGUUUUACUGUUCUGUAACAAAAUGGUUAUCACAUUGUGUUCUAGCCCAUAUCUAUCUUGCACAAAUCCAGACUGCCACCCCUUACUCACAAUUAUAUGUGUAGAAAUGCGUCAGACUGGCUCUGGGACAGCAAUGUAUUUGUUCAUUGUUUUAAUAAUAUACACACACCACUCCCCUCAACUCAACAGUGUAACUUCAUGCCCAGGUUAUUCAUUUAACUUCCUUAUGAAAAGGCCAACGAUGCUACUGUAUCUGGUUCAAGUUUGCCAAAGCUUUAAUACUUGUUUUUUAUAUAAAUAUAUAUUUAGGUAAUUCUAUUUACAACAUGGGGAGGUGGGGGGAGCUCAACUUGUAGUAACAACCUAAUAUUGCGGUUUAAAGGGUCACUUAAAAUAAAUGUUAUCUCUGUGCAUGUGUUUAAAACAGCAACCCACUGCACAGCUUACAGGUCUAAAAGGAAUGCAUUCUAGUAGGGCUGUGAUCACACCCAAAAAAACUUUACGGGACACGGUGGUGCCUAAAUAUUUAUGUGAAAACUGUACAUAUAUUUUUUUCCUUAUUUAUUUUCUCUAAUAGAAUUGUACUUGCAUUUUUUUUAUUGCUCGUUUUUGCUGAUUUUAGUAAGGAUGAGAUUUUUGUUAUUUGAUUACUGAUAGACGAUUGGUAAAUGCAGAAAUGACUGCAAACUUCCUUCAGUCUCGUGCUCCUUCUGCAGAAAAGGCAGCAGCUAUUGUUUUGCUUGUUAUUAAACAAAAAAAAAAUAGUAAUAAAUCAUGUUGAUUAGUCUUAAAAUAUUAAAAGGGUGAUCAGAAUAUACUAGCAUUCGCUACUUAAAGCAAAGUUCAAACUAGAAACAAAAACUGAUUUGGAUUUGAGGAUUUUUUUUUUUUCCGCAAAAAAGUGUUACUAAACUUUUAGCAGUUCCAAUACUCUGGGUCUUGAAAUGCUUGAGAAUAUAAGCUUGAGACAGUUUUACUGAAGGAAAUUGAACACUUUUUUGUUUGUUUUAUCUUUGUAAUAGAAUCAUUCCUUGUGACUGCCAAGGAUAAUAAUGGAGUAUCUUUUAGUUUCAAGAGAACACGCACGCGCACAUACAAAUCUGCUUACAGCACCUUGCUGCAGUUUUAAGCUUUAGUAGUUGUGCCAUUGUGUACUGUCAAUAAAUAUUGGCUUUUUUUAUUUUUU